CCAAAAAAAAAAAAAAGAGGGAAGAAAUCCAGCUAGGCUGCUAAGAAACAAGUGGGCAGAUAGUAGACAUGAUCUCUUUUUAUUUGGUCAAAGACAUGAUCUCUAUAUACAUAAACUUCCAUACUGUCAUAAUUUGCUUGAUCAUCAUCUCCUCCAUAUCGUCUUCCACUCCAUCAAAGCAGGACAAAAUAAUAAGAGAUCUAAAGGAGGGGUGGUGAUUUGGAGAACAUAUAUAUGCAUAACAAAUACAUAGUACUAUAUAUAUUUAAACAUAGUUAUAGACAAUAAGACAAAUUAUACAAGAGAGAAAGAUGGGAAGAGCGUUUGAUGGGGAAAAUGAUGCUAAGAAUAUUGGCAGUGCUACUAUUUCUUCUUCCCAUGAAUAUGAUCAUGAAAAAGAGCUUGAUGCUGGUGCCCUCUUUGUUCUUAAAUCCAAAGGAUCAUGGGUGCAUUGUGGUUACCACUUGACAACUUCAAUAGUAGCUCCUCCAUUGUUAAGUCUUCCAUUUGCCUUUGCUUCACUUGGAUGGUGGGGUGGAAUUCUAUGUUUGGUGAUCGGAGCUAUCGUUACAUUCUAUUCAUAUAACCUCUUGUCCAUGGUUCUCGAACACCAUGCUCAGCUAGGUCGCCGCCAUCUUCGCUUCCGCGACAUGGCCAAUGAUAUUUUAGGACCAAGGUGGGGGAGAUAUUAUGUUGGACCCAUCCAAUUCAUGGUAUGCUAUGGUGCAGUAAUAGGGUCCACUCUUCUGGGAGGACAAUGUAUGAAGGCAAUCUACUUGCUGUUAAACCCAAGUGGAGCUAUGAAGCUCUAUGAAUUUGUAAUCAUAUUUGGAGGGCUAAUGCUGAUGUUAGCUCAAAUGCCAUCUUUUCACUCACUUAGGCACAUCAACUUGAUUUCUCUACUUCUUUGCCUUGCUUAUAGUGCUUGUGCCACUGUUGGUUCCAUUUACAUAGGAAGAUCAUCAAAGGGACCUGAGAAAGACUAUUCGAUCAGUAAUGAUAAAGAGACUCGCAUUUUUGGAAUUUUUAAUGCAAUAGCUAUAAUUGCCACCACAUUUGGAAAUGGCAUAAUUCCUGAAAUUCAGGCAACAAUAGCACCGCCGGUGAAAGGUCAGAUGUUCAAAGGGCUUUGCAUUUGUUACGCAAUGCUUUCAACAACAUUCUUCAGUGUGGCUAUUUCUGGAUAUUGGGCCUUUGGAAACCAAGCUGAGGGCCUCAUUCUCAGCAACUUUACACAAAAUGGCCACAAUCUAGUCCCAAAGUCAUUUAUCUUCAUCACCAACAUCUUCACCAUUCUCCAAUUGUCGGCUGUUGCUGUGGUGUAUUUGCAGCCAACAAAUGAAGUACUAGAGAGGACAUUUGCAGAUCCAAAAAACAGUGAAUUCUCCACUCGAAACGUAAUCCCACGCCUUAUUUCUCGAUCAAUUUCAGUGAUAAUAUCGACUACAAUCGCAGCAAUGCUUCCAUUUUUCGGAGACAUAAAUGCAGUGAUUGGGGCAUUUGGUUUCUUGCCACUUGACUUUGUAUUGCCUGUUAUUUUCUUCAACUUGACAUUCAAACCAUCAAAGAGGAGGCCAGUUUUCUGGAUUAACAUGGCAAUAGCAGUGGUUUUUUCAGUGUUAGGAGUUAUAGCAGCUGUUGCUGCUGUUAGACAAAUUAGUCUUGAUGCCAAAACAUUUCGAUUAUUCGCAAAUGUAUAAGCUAACCAACAGAGUUGAUUGCCUGAAUGAUCACUCAACUUAUGGUAA